AGGUGAUUUAGAUAACCAGGAAUUCUAAAGACUCCCGAAGAUUCUUCAUCACAAAGACAAAGAAGAUGUCCCGCAUUCUCUUGCUUAUCUUCGUCCUUUUACACUUCGGCCUCGUCUCGAGAGCGGAAGUUCCCACAACGACUACAACUCCCAUAUGGGGUAUCUCAGAGCACCAGGUGGAGGCCUAUCGUGGCUGCGUGCGGACUGCGGUGUUGUCACGUUUGAAGGACCUCUACGCGACUUCCCUUGACAACAGUAUCGAGAACCAAGAAAGAAGGGACAGCGAACAGCUCUUGGAUUUUACGCCUGGCCGCAUUGUCCCACAUGAUUUCCACGUUUUAGAAGCAAUCCAACCGGAAGAUAUCGCUCAAGUGGAGGAAGUCGACGUCUCGGUGGAUUUGGAGAACAAAGUCUUCGUGCGGGUUCCGGUUUUGGUGCAAAAUCGGGGCUGCAGCUUUGCAAAUUGGAAGGCGAACCGGGAUUAUCGCUUGAUUUUGGAGCAUGUGCAGCCACGGGAGGCCGUCGAGAACCGAGCUUGGAUUGAAGCGGCGCUGAGACUUCGUCGUGAGGUGGUAGUUGAUGUCGAAGGCCAGAAUCGGGACACACACAUGAACUUCUCGUCGUGGCUCUCGUUUCUUUCCUCCAUACGUCGCACGAACGACAUGGGUGGACCCGUGACGACUCGAUUUAGAGAGCCAUUUGGAGACUUGUCUCCCACUGUUUUGCGCUAUAUUCGGGAAAUCAUUGUGGAUUUGGAUUGGGUCCUUAAGAUAUUAUUGGAGACAAGGAGACGUGCUCGUGAAAUGGGUGAUGGCAUUCCAGAACGGCCAGACUCUGAUACAGCAACUAAAAGUAGAGGUCUUCGUAUUGCCGAAAUUGGUGUGGGGCAUGGUGCUUUUGCGUAUUGCCUGGUGAAGUACCUGGAGGCGAUGGACAGGAAGGGCCAGAAGAGUAAAACUGAAACCAUUUUUCAACUAGAACCGACAGUGGAAUCGUACACCCUCGUAGACUUACCCGAGGUCCAAGAAUUGGCUUAUCUACAACUAAACGCACUUGGGGUUCCGAAGGAAAAGGUCAGGUUUUUCGACAAUUUGGAAAUUCUACCAAGAACUUCUGCGUUGACAAUAGUGCCUGAAAGCGUGCAAAAACUGCAAGUAGAAGGUGGAGCUGCGACAACCAGCACAGAUGAUCAGCGGGUGCAGGUAGCGAACACGCUAGCAGGGACCGACAAGGAUGUUGACCUUAAUGAAGAAGUGUCUGCAGAUGCUCAGAAGACAGAAGAUGCAGGGAAAAAAUUGAAACGGUCAGCCGAAGUCUUUGAAUCUGAGGACAUUGUGCGUGUACGCGAGUCGCUGUUUCCAAGACGAGAGAGGUUUCAAGCUGGAGAUUAUGGGACACUAUUCUUCGAGUUCAGUUGUUUACAAGGUUCUAUCCUUGACAUGGGAACUCAGCCCAAACAGUAAAUUUUCCCACUCAACACCUUAACUCCACCGUUGGAGACACUUUAUUCGCCAGGGAGUUUUGCCUCCUUUGAAGGAGUCCUUUCCCUGGGGAUGAAACACUUCCUCUAAGUCCCACCCCGACAAGAUUUGUGCAUAUCAAACUAUGCCUUCAGCGAGUUGCGUUCCAGAGCUGCUGCAGAUUUCUAUGUCGAGAAAGUCUUCGCUCAUUGCGAGUUUGUAGCUUUGCAGUAUAUACCGGAAUUCGCGCCAGGACUAGCGAUCGACAUGGACAACGAGUAUCUAGGGAAAAUAGCUAAGGCGAUGUCAGAGUCAGACUCAUCAGAUAAGGAGGUAGAGAAGGACGAAAUUGUGGAUAUGCAGAAGUAUGGUUUUUACGACCUCCGAGUGGAAAAGACGAACGAAAGAACUACGAAACCGUCUGUCCGCCAUGUGGUUCCAUCUCCUGCGGAUCACCGAAGCACGAAAUUGGCUAUAUUUUGGCGUGAUCGGGAUCUUUCUUCAGGUGGAAUGCAAGGGUACGACCCAGAGGUGGCAAAAGUCGUCGACGGCUACAACGCUCGUCGUAUGAGACUCGAACGGAGGAAUAGCACAGUGUCUUCAGGGUAUGAUCCGUGAUCUUGACCUGCGACUUGUUUCGCGAAGCGAGUAUCAAAAGGUUUCACUUUUAGCCAUUUCUUCUUUUUCACCACUACCAGAUGAACUCUCCACCUCUCUCCACGACCUUGUUGCUUGGAAAGCCGAAAACUAUUGGAUUGAAAGCUGUGGCUUUAGGGCGAUCGUCAUCGAGUGAGCACGUGAAUCUCCGACCCAUGAUCAUCUAAGAAACUCGACCAUAGAAGUCUGCAAAUCCAACUGAAGACUCUACUUGUUAAGGUGGUGACUGUAACAUUGUCGCAAGAAGUUACUGUGCUGAAGAAGUUACUCAACAUAUUGUGUCUUUGCAGGGAGGACGGUCAAUGUUGGAAAGUGACGAAGCAGGUCCUUUGAAAAUGCCCAUAUAAAAAAGUUUAGUGGGAAACCGAUUGUAGAUGAACAUACCAAAAAAC